AUGAGUGGCAGAGUGUUAACCUUAAAUGUAGACGGAAACUGUGGAAAGAGUAAUAAUAUAUGUCGCUGUCGUGAUAAACCUCCUGGUAUAACUGCCAGAAAGGAAACUGACCAGCCAAAAGGCUUCAUUAGGGUUACUCAUCAGCAUAAAAGUGGAAAUAAAUUUACGCUCAACAACAAACUACAAGGGGGAGGUAAAAUAGGAGAACUAAUCCAUAAUGUCACUGAGGUUUCUGUUUUCUACUGGAAUGGAGCACCAGACAAAGCAAUCCUCCUUGGAAUUACCAUUACUAAUACACCUAUCUAUUACGCAAAGAAUAGCGACAAUGAUUGGAUUGGACAACCUCCGCUCUCUGAUGACCUUCUUGAGACUAAACUUGACGAACAAAACUGUAAACAUAACAAUGCAGUCACAAUUAACCUUAGCAAAGGUACAUUCAUGAGCGGUGAUAGUAAACAUUCGUACUGCUGCAGUGGUAAUCAUUCUGAUGGUGCUAGAGGCUCUAACAGGGUCACUGUUACUUCGGCACAAAUUUCCUGUAAACUGCAUGAGAACCCAAGUUCUAUUCCAUUCCACAAACAUGAGAUUACUUAUUCUGGUGGAGUUAGGCUUGCAGCUAUUAAAUACAAUGAUGGAAAGCAUAGGAAGCGGAUAAACUCUUCUGGACUAGACUUUCCAAUUCAAGGUCCUCUUAGUGUUUAUGCUUUUCACUGCUCAGGAAAUCCUGCUUUGAUUUAUGUAGAUUCGUCUUCAGACUCUUCAAAAAACGGCUGGUAUAAGAAGUAUACUGGUAGUAGUACUGUUAGUGGAGAUGAGCAGUGGGUAGAAGUCUUCACUAUCUCCAACAUACAACCAAGGGAAUUAAGUAAUACUAUAGACCAUGAAAAAUAUAAUGGUAUUGUUGGCAUACUAAAAACCCUUUCUGGAUGCACAAGCUAUAAAGAAUGUCCUAAACCUGAAGAAAAACCUAAAGCUGUUCCUCCUGAAACUACUACUCCUGAUAAUGCUGCUCUUACUGAAGAUGGUCAAAAAUCUCCUACUUCUGCUAAAGUUAUUGCUGCUCCAGCUGCUGCUGUUCUAGGACCAUGGGCUAUCUUUGGAGCAUCUUCUGGUCCUAUUGCCGGAGCUGGUGGUCUUACUGGAUUUGGCUGGUGGAUAUAUAAACGCACUAAAGGAGACCCUUGGGUUAGACAGAUUUAG